CCCUGUGCUGUGCUUUUAUUCAUCGCAUCGAUCAUGGCUCCAAAUGCCCAGGUUACUCUGAUUCCUUGGGACCCGGCGUCCGUGACUCAUCGACAGUGGCUCAUCAGGCAGCGGGAUGAGUGCGGCUGGGAUCAGGACAAAGUUGAGACCACGUGGAAAGAGUACCAGACAAAAGGAUAUAAGUGCAUCUAUUGGAUUACGAAUGAACCGCUCCGGGAUACCGCUCAAUCUAUUAAUGGGGUGUCUCGUGUAGCCACCCAAAAAGAAUUCGUUCCUAUCGGGCACAUCUCUUUGGAUGCGCGAAAUAUAGGAGUAGAAAAAGUGGGAAUCGCUAGCUCGGCGCCUGGCUUAUUCUGGGUUAAAACGUUCUUCGUGUCCGGAGCCUUUCAGAGCAAAGGUAUCGGACGGGCAGCAAUGGACGAGGUAGAGUUGAUGGCCACCAGAGAGCCACUACUCGCGACAACUUUGAUGCUCGAUGUUAUUCUGGGAGAAGACCAGAUGAGGAAGGAAUUCGCUCUGGCAACUUUUGGAAGCAUUCCGAAGUUCACUACGGAGGAGUGGUACCUCCGCAGAGGAUACAAGCCUGUGAAGGCAGUGCAGAACUAUUAUGAUGCGGUGGAUCGGAACGGAAAACAAUGGGAUAUGAAGACGAUCUUUAUGAAGAAGAAGAUUGGGUGA